AUGAUUUACUUGUUGGCGAGAGCUGCUGGAGCAACCCCGAUUAUCCUUGUGGAUGUUGCUCUAUCGCGCUUAGAGUUUGCAGUUCAACAGCUGGGUGCAAAUAUCGAAAACGUUGUUCACGUCGACGCCAAUCAAUCCAUGGCUGAAGCUAGCACUAAGGUAUUACAGGCGUUCAAGGGUAUCAAGCCUGAUGUUGCAUUCGAGUGCACGGGGUACAGUAUGCCCAUACAUACUUGCUUGGGUGUUCUUGAAGCAGGUGGAUGUUUAGUGCAAGUGGGCAUUGGCGCACCAGUGAAUGAGCUCUCUUUUUCUGAGCUCCUCCACCGACAGGUGGAUCUUCGAUUUGUCAUGCGAUCAAAUUCAUGUUUUGAAGACUGUAUCCGUCUCGUAGAGAAUGGCGUGGUGGAUCCAUCUUUGUUAAUCACACACGUCUUUCCAAUUCAGCAAGCAUCAGAAGCGUUCCGCACAUUGUCUCAGCCAGAAUCGGGAGCCAUAAAAGUCCACAUCGUGUGUUGA